CAAACUUCCAAGCUGGGCAAGAGCUGUUGUCCCCAAAAUAUUUUAUGUUACAGAGAAAGCAUGGAAUUACUAUCCAUAUACAAUUACAGAAUACACGUGCUCAUUUUUGCCCAAGUUCUCCAUUCACAUAGAAACAAAGUAUGAGGACAACAAAGGAAGCAAUGAUAAUAUAUUUGAUAACGAAGCCAAAGAUCUUGACCGAGAAGUCUGCUUCAUUGAUAUCGCCUGUGAUGAAAUUCCUGAGCGCUAUUACAAAGAAUCAGAGGACCCUAAGUAUUUCAAAUCAGAGAAGACUGGGAGAGGCCUAUUAAAAGAAGGUUGGAGAGAAACUCAAGACCCUAUUAUGUGCUCCUACAAACUUGUAUCUGUGAAAUUCGAAGUAUGGGGACUUCAAACUCGAGUUGAGCAGUUUGUUCAUAAGGUGGUCAAAGACAUACUGCUAAUUGGCCAUCGACAGGCAUUUGCAUGGGUGGAUGAGUGGUAUGACAUGACUAUGGACGAAGUCCGAGAAUUUGAACGAGCAACUCAGGAAGCCACCAACAAGAAAAUUGGAAUCUUCCCUCCCGCCAUAUCCAUCUCUAAUAUCUCCCUUCCCUCUUCAAUCCGCAGUGCUCCUUCUAGUGCUCCAUCUACGCCUCUCUCCACAGACGCACCUGAAUUCCUAGCAGUUCCCAAAGACCGUCCACGGAAAAAAUCUGCCCCAGAAACUCUCACGCUGCCAGAUCCAGAUAAAAAGGCUCUCUAAACCCAGCAUGGUUUUUUCCUUAUGACAAGCUAUGACUGACAGAAUAUCAUUUGCAAAGUUCAUGGUAGUUGUUUUAUUUAAACAAAUCUUAUAGAUCUGGAAGUAUGCCUUUCCUAUUCCCUCCAUUCUCUUAGGCUUUCCCUGAAACUAGUUAGCUAAAUGCGUGCAAGAUCAUAGUUCAUGUGCUCUGAUUCCCAAACUAAAGCUCUAAGCCAUACGACAGAUGUUGCUAUCAACCCAGAAUGAAGUAGCUUGUAAAGGCAAAAGCAAUCUCUUCUAGUGAUUGCUGCCAACAGAAGAUGUAGAAUUGCAGUGUUUAUGACUGGAGAGGUUACAAGGAUUUCAUAAAGCUAGCGAGGACAUCCUGAGAGAAUGAGGUUCUCCUUAGCUACAGGUUCAGAUCACAUUUCUCAUUUCAAGCCAUUAUCUCUCUAUUUCUGAAAUCCUUUUUUACUCUCAGGCCGAACGCACCUUAAAGUAAACUUUGGAACUGCUGACUCACUGAUCAACACUUGAAUACCAACAGAUUCAGAUUCCUUUUUACAUAAUACAACUCAGGAUUUCGGGUGUAGUUAAUGCACACUUUAAGCUCUUCAAAAAUUAAAGAGCCAAUGUGCUCUAGCUUUGUCUUAAAUUAUCGUAAUCAUUUUGAGACCCUUGAACUAUUUGUAACUUGCACAAAAUUUUUAACUCCUUUUUAUCAUGUGCUGUUGUAAAACUUUUCUGUGUUGGUUUUGGAGAACUGAGACCUACUGCAGGAAGAAAAAAUGGAAACACAAAUAAAUAGGCUACAGAGCCCAAAUGGGACAAAUACAUCCCAAGAAACAAUGCCAUUAUUAAUUCAUAAUUCAGUUUUUGAUUCAGGCCUUCUGAGUUCCUAUGAAAUUAAUGAAAGUCCUGAUUGAAAACCCUGUUCAAAACAAGAAAAGUUCAGUCCAUUUUUUGCAACAUUGUGAGCAGUCAUCAAUCUAUUCUGUGACUGGAAUUUUUGCAGAGGGUAGCCAUGUUGGCCUGUUAAAACAAAAGCAAGAGAUUAUAGCAUUAAAAAAUGCCAUAAUAACAUGUGUUAGACUUAUGGUGCAGAUUCUUUUUUCUCAGUCUAAAAAUCCUGUAUAUAUCUAUCUAUCUAUAAAAUAAAUACUGAAUGUGUUGUAAGGCUGAGCCAUGAAUAAAAUUAAGAAAGAAAAGGCUGGGGAGAGCCAAACAGAUUUUUUAAAAGGUGGGUCUGCCAGGAAGUCUUUAGCGUGUUCAAGAGGGUGAGACUCAUGCAUGGUCCAGCAAGCAGUACUUUUUUUCAACUGCUUCACCUGUUAUUAUUACCUCCUUUGAAUUCAGGCACCUGAAUUCAAAGUGGAAAGGGAAACAUGGUGUACUUUUGCUACAGUUGACAGUUGAUCAUGAGUCCUUGUUUAAGAGCAAAAAAGUUAUGUGGGAAUCUUCUAAAGCUUCUUCCAGAAACAAAACAACUUGCCAGCUUCCUGAGCUCCUUUGGUUGUACUCUUUUCCAACAAUGAAAAUAGAAUUUAAAAGUUUUUUCUUUUGACUGUUGGUACCCCAGAAAACAGCAUUAGUUGCACCCUGCCAUUUAGUUUGGAGAGACAAAAUAUUGGCCUGUUAAUUGCAUCACCCUUCUGUCUCAGGAAUUAAAGAUACUUCCCCAUAUACAAUUUAAGACACUUGGAAUCUGUUCCUUUCCUGAUAAUUCAUUCAGAAUUUAAUUUAGUUCAGUAAAUUAAGUUACCAGUUAACCACAUGCAAGCUAGAAUCAGUUGUGAAGGUAUCAUAAACAUAUAGUGACAGUACUUCGUAUUGUCAAGGGGAAUAUAGAAAUAUACAUGCAGACCUCAGGGGUAAAGCUAACUUUGAAUAACAGAAAAUUUCUAGUAAGCACGGCAGCAUGAAUUUUCAUAUGAAAAAGUGUAGCAGACUUAAAUCUCCAAUUAACUCUCAAGUGACUUCUUACUUAAAUUGUACAUACUAAGGAGACUGUUGUUUAGGGUAGUUUUAGUCAUAGAAUGGUAGGGUGGGAGAGUAGAAUGCACUGUGUGCAUUUGAAAACUCAAAAUAUGUAGUAGCUCUAAGUCUGUAUUAAUCCCCCUACCAUUUAGCUUCAUGCCUUUUCUCUGUUAUUAUUCAAGGUAUCUUAUUCUAUCUUGCUCAGCAUUCUGAAGGUCUGUGUGACUGUUGUUAAUACCUGGUUUUUUAGUAUUAUUACAUUUCUAUACAGAAAUACGCCUUGAGUUUGUGGCUUUAAGUUAGCAGAAAAUUAUGAUAAUUUCUGUAGGCAAUCAAGCCAAUGUUGCUCUCCUAUCUCCCUUUUAGAAUCUUGCACAAAUCUAUAGGCCAAGACGUCAAAACACAGUGUUGAUUUAUUUUAACUAUUUCACUUCUUCCUGUAUUAUUGUGUUACUUUGGCUUGGGAAUAAGAUCAGGUAUUUGAAUAAUAGAUCUUAAGAAUAUGCUCAUUAAAAGGCUGCUUAGUGCAAAAAUGAAAGGUAAUAGCAUGCUAUGGGGAAAAAAAUAGUGGACUUAUCUGUGAUACUUUCUGCUCUCAGUGCUGCAGCAAGAAGUAUUUGUUCAAUUUGAUGUGCUAUCAAAAUUGGGUGCUUACUGAAUAGACACACAAAAUUUUAUUCUUCUGCAUGUCUAAAUGAUGGCUGGCACAAUCCAUGUCUGCCUGCUCUUUGCUUUUCCUACUUUUAGCAAGGAGUUAGCAAAAAUCCAAUGGAUGUUUCUUCAGAAUAUACACUCUCAUGUACCUAUGCUCUUCACAAAUUCUGUUACACUCCUUUGUCAUACUCUGUUUUACUUCCACAGCUUUUGCCAUUAGGUUAGUCAUUAUUCAGUUACUUUUCCUUCUUGAUUUUUGUCCUCUGCUUUUAAAAAACAUAUUUCUGACACAAGAAAAGUAACUAAAUUAAAUUUCUAGCAUAUUUUUGGUUGCACUAAUAUGUCUUUUACAUGGGAAAAAAGUUUGGCUGGGUUGUAUUGUUGACUUGUCUGAUUUAAUUUGUACAGAAUCUGCUGUAUAUUUUUAGCUGUAUGUGUUUUGUGAGGAUCAGACCUGUGGAUGUUUAUCUAUUUGUUUUGUGGAACAAAGUGGCACUUUCAAUAAAGUCUGGUGCAGCAAAGCAAACUGAAGUAGUAUUAGGUUAUUGUGCCAUAAUCCUGUGGCCCCUUUUUUCAGUGAGAACAUUUGAGCAUUGCUAAGAAGAGGAAGGAGGACUGUGUUCUGAAGCUAAUCUACUGCUGGUUUUAAAUUAACCUUUCCUGUCAAAUAAAGCAGACUCCUGAAAUUCUCUCUUUCAAGACCCAGCUUUGACCUCCUAAGCAAAAGAAGAAAAGCUUUUUUAAGCUGUAUCAUGAAAGUCUCAGGAAGGUUGCUCAACAUUUAUUAUUGGAAAUGCUGGUGUACUUUCAUCGGAUAUGCUUUCCAUGUACAUGAAUCUUUAAAAAGCCAUGUACAUGUGCUAGAAGUCUUCACUGGGCUUAUGUUUGCUAACAAUGUUUGCAAAAAAACUUGCUAAAUUGCCAUAAGAUAAAUUUGAGCCUAGCUGUUCUUCACAUAUGAGUGGACGUAAUUGAGUUUAGAUCAGUUCUUUCAUAUUGAAUGAAUAGAAACAGCCUAAUCAUCUUUCAGGUAGAGAUUUUCAAGUUACUGCUAAAGGGCCCAACUGGAAUGGUAUCCUCUAGAAUAGAAAAACUCUUACAAAUUUUCUUACUGAAGAUUUCUGUUCCAUUGACAAUGUUUCAUUUUUUAAUGAAACUUUUUAAACCUUUGUUAAUGUGAAACGAAGGUUACUCCGCUGUCUUUAUCUGAAUAAUAAUAAGAGAGAUGCACCUCUUUAAUAACACAUUGGGUGGAUCCUGAGGUACCCCUAUAUGAACAGAAAAGGUCGAAAGAUUUUGACCAUCCCAUAAGUUAGCUUUCCAUUGGCCAUGCUUAGAUGAGGUUGAUUGGGCCUAUAGUCUAACAGAAUUCCUCUCAUGCAACUUUGGGUUGUGGUUUGCUGCACUGAAACUUUAGAACAUGCUGUUGUUUAAAAGACAUCAAAUGUAUGCACUUCAUAGUAGAUAAUACAUACGAUGGGGAGGGUUCAUGAACUCAUCAGUAGGAACUCAUUAUUUACCAUUAUUCAGACUUCUAUUUUCAUAAAGGCUUGAAGCUAAACUAAUCCCGGGGAAGGGUCUUCUUGUCUGGACAGCAUAGUCUUUGAAUUACAAUUGUCUAUGAUUUUUUUAAUGUUACUUCUAGAAAUAAGUUUUUGUUUCAUUUCUGUGACAAUCUUUGUGACUUUGAGUGUUGUGUAUAGUAGUGGGGUUUUCUGUUUUUUGUUUUUGGUGAUAGGGUUAGUGUUACGAAGGAAGGACCAAACGCUCCAAGUUAUACAAUACAAGGCUAAAUAGAAGAAUCUGAGUUUCAUAGUUUCCAUACAUACAUAAUUGUUGCUUUUUCAGUUAUUUAUUAUUGUUUUUAAAACUGCCUUUUCUUACAUUCUGUUGUAAAUAAACUACAAGCAAUCUUCU